CCCGCAGUCCUUUUCGCUUUGGGAAAUCAAAGAUGGCGGACUUUGCGGACAAGACGAAUUUUGACGAACUUUGCACAAAAUGUGAACAAAUGGAGCUAGAUGGUGUUGCUUCAGGAGAGGUUUAUACACAGCUGUUAGCGGUUUAUCUCUUUCAAAAUGAUAUAUGUAAUGCUAAAUUUUUAUGGAAAAGGACGCCUGAAGAAAUCAAAGUUUCAACUCCAGAGUUAGCUAAACUGUGGAAUAUAGGAUGCCACAUGUGGAAAAGAGAUUUUGUUGGAAUUUAUGAUUCAUUAAAACAAGACUGGUCACCAACUAUCAAACCAAUCAUCACAGCUUUACAAGAAAAACUUCAGAAGAGAGCUUUUGAUCUUGUUUCCAAUGCAUACACUUCAAUCAGAGCAGAAGAUCUGGCUAGACUUAUGGGUGUAAAAACAGAAGCUGCUGUUAGUGCUGCUGUUUCUAGUGGAUGGACCAGUGACCCAGCAACAGGAAUGAUUACUCCCAAAAAGACAGAACUUCCAACCAAAGAAAUUCCUCUUACAAGUGAACAAGAACUUGCGUUGCUGACAGAUUACGUCUCUUUCCUUGAAAAUUAACCACCACAAGAAAUUACUCAUUUAAGAGCUGAAAUUAACAUGUAUAUAUUGGCAAAACGCUCUCAGUUAUAUUGCUAGUUUAGUGAUCCCAAGCUGACAUCUUUGGUCCUGGCAAUCAGUGGAGUUUUAACAAACAGCCAGGUCAUACAAGUUUCAAUACUCUCUAUAUCAAUAUAUCUCUAUAUCACAGCUAAUCGGCAUAAAAGGAGAUAAACAAGCUGUUUCAUUUUUAUACAAUAAAAGAAUUGUCAUACGCUUGUGAAAAAAAAAAUAGUUCAUAGCAAGUCUUUGUUUAAAUGUCUUUAAAGUUAUUUCUGUUUUAUUAAGCAUUUUCACUGAAGAAUAGCAAUAAACUGUAAAUGCCAUGCACAGACAA